AUGAUGAGCAUAGUUUGCCGUGUUGUCAUCAUACCACAACUCCGAACUCCAACUGACUGAGGGAAAAUUGUGGUUGCAGCUACGAUGACUCGGAGUUUAGUUCACCCAUGUGCCAGAGUACUUGCACGCUGGCAGCGACCUUGUCAGUUGCAACACGCAUGGCGACUACAAAGUAACGUGUCAAGCAAUACUUUCUCAACGUCAUCGGUGUUGGCAGGUAAUCGAGCUAUCGUCUACAAUACCAAUGGUGACCCAGCUCGUGUCCUAACUGCAUUCUCCUUCCCCGAACUGCCACCUCCGCCUCCAAACACCGUGAACAUAAGGUUUCUGCUUGCGCCCAUCAAUCCUGCAGACAUCAACGUUAUUGAGGGCAUUUACCCCGCGAAACCAGAGCCUGAUGUUUCCCUCUCCCAGGCCAAGGAUUACCCACUAUUCGUGGGGGGGAAUGAGGGCCUUGGCAAAGUGAUAGAUGUGGGCGAUGGCAUUGUCGGCCUGCGGAAGGAUGAUUGGGUCGUUAUGACCAAACCUCAGAGUGGAACAUGGUCGUCGGCGAAGAACGUUGCCAUGUCGGAUGUCCUAAAGGUUCCCAAGCAGGGUCUGUCUGAAGCACAGGCUGCUACGAUUACCGUCAACCCCCCAACAGCUUACAACAUGUUGCACGACUUCGCCCAACUUGUAGAAGGAGACUGGAUUGUGCAAAACGGUGCGAACAGUGCUGUUGGUCAAGCCGUGAUUCAAAUCGCAGCUGCCAAGGGAUACAAGACCAUCAACUUCAUUCGUGACCGAGAUGAUGUUGGACUGCUGAAACAACAUUUGAAAUCACUGGGUGCAACACACGUUGUGACAUAUGACGAACUCGCCGAGAAGUCCUUGAGAGCGAAGGUCAAAACGUGGACUGGAGGCAAGGAUAUCCGCCUUGGUCUCAACUGCGUAAGCGGCAAAACGACCACCCUUAUGGCUCGACUACUUGGGAACAACGCGCAUCUUGUUUCAUACGGGGCGAUGUCCAAGGAACCUCUUUCACUUCCAACAUCGCUCUUUAUUUUCAAGAACCUUACUUGUCACGGUUUUUGGCAAACACGUUGGUAUAGCGAUAAAUCCUCGGAACAACGUCAGGAACUGCUUGAAACAUUGACCGCCCUCAUGCGAGAUGACAAGUUGCAGGACCCUAACUAUGAAGUUUUGACGAUUGGCGGGACGGAGAGUGAUGUCAGUGCAUCUGUAAAGAUUCGUGACCUCGUAGCGCGUUUAGGUCAAGGAAUGUAUGGGAAGAAGGUACUCUUGAAGGUUGAAGAAACUGUAUGACAUGAAGAUAAUGCCCCUGUCGACUUCAGCCGUGCCCGGUUGAUCAUUGCCAUCCAUCAUAAUUCCACUUACCUUGUUCCAUAAAUAUUGAGGUCCAUAGCUAGUGUCAUAGCCAUUGUGAUAAUUUUGGUGUAUAAAAGUUCCAAGCGGCAAGCCCGGAUGCUGAAGAAUUGAAGUUGGC